UAUUUCCCUUUUUUUUGAAUAAUAGACGACAGGAUGUGAGAGGAGGGAGGGAAGCGGACGAUUUCAUACUCCCCUUGAUUUUUUCCUUUUUCCUCCUGAGUUACGGUUUUUUUUUGUUGUUGUGUAAAAUAACUGAAAAAAAGUAAGUUGGAAGAGGAAAAAAGUGUGUGUGUUGUUGGGACUUGGACUCGGCGCGGGGGAAACUGGGCCGGAAGUGGGAACAUAGAUGUGCAUAAAUGGACGCGUUGUACCGCCAGGGGUCGCCAAGAGGCGAGCCCGAAUAUCUGAUGCCUCCCCCAGUGGGACUCCAGCACCACCAUCAUCAUCUCCACCACCACCAUCACUUGCACCACUUGCCGAGCUUUUCCGAGAUGAAAUCGCGAGAAAGGGAUGACGAAGAAGACGUGGAUGUGGGCAUGCAACGAGGACUAGGUCUGAACCUCAUGUACCAGCAGCCGCCUUUUGAAGACGGGGAUGGCGGCGGUGGUGGUGGCGAUGCAGGAGGUGGCGGUGGUGGCGCCGGAGCGGAUCGUGGGCGGUUCUCUAGUGGAGGAUCCACGGAUAGUUCCUGCUCUGGAAGACUGCCGGACCAGGGCCUCACGGUUCUGCAUCCUGGUUAUGAGCAAGAGUCAAUUCCGAUGGAUCGUCCUCAAACGGAAAUCCAGACCCACUACGUCCAGCUCUCAUCCAACACCCCAGUAGCCGUGGACUACCAUCAAACUCAACAGCACGAGCCGACUUGA